AGAUGACACCAACACCACCAAACAAAAGCAACAUCAGUUUCGCACCAUCUCGUUCCAUCUUCCGCUUGAUCGUAUCUUCCCUCUCGUUCGAAACGAGGUUUUCAAAUUUUCACUACAAACAUCCAUCCAGGCAGGCAAAGUCGAAUCAGGAGAAGAGUCCGUUGGAAAGUUCUGUUGUUUUGUGAACGCUGUUUAUUUUGCGAAAUUUGUUUUAAUUUGGGGAUUUCCGGACGGAAUUGCACGUUUAUCAAUUGCGGUGGAGUGUGGUCAUCGCGAAAAAGGUGAAAUAAUAGGUGAUAGUGCAAGUGCGGUGCAAAUAUUCGGCUUUUUAGUGGUGGCGCUGAAACAUCGACCGUUGACAGAAAACUCCCUGCUUGGUUUUGUGAGAAGCAGAGGAGAUUUUUAGGGGGCAUAAUGGAUCCCUUUACGCAGAACAUAUUGGAACGGGCGGAGAAACGGGCCGCAGCACUGGGAAUAACCAACACUUCGAAGUUCCCGUUGUCGGAGUUCAACUACGACAUUCCGGGUACGUCUUCCACCCCGGCUGCUACGCCCGAGUCUCCGGGUAGAAAAGCGGCCCCCGCUGGAGGAACAUACUCCAGAACACCGAAGAAGCAUCAUUAUUCACCGCAGCAGACUGCCGAGAAGAGCCCAGGUCGCCCGAAGGAAACCGUCAACGUAACGAGGAAGCCGAGUUCCGGAUCCGGGAAGGAUGUAGACGUUGCGGUUGAGAUCAAUAUUACGACCGGGUCGAACGUUCAGGUUGAGGUUGAAGUCGCGGAAUGUGAAAUGGAUUCGAAUGGCAAAAUCACCAGGAAGACGGAGGAAAAACCUAAUGAAGCCGAUGUCAAAAGCUUGAUUCGUGAUUCGUCCCGUAAUCAACUGCAACGAUUGGGAACUCUGUACUCGGAGUCACAAGAUCUUUCAUCUCCGGUGCAUCGCACCGAAGGGAAAUUCCACGAGGACAAUGGAGCAGGCAAAGAGAACUCAAAACCGAAACAGAAACUCGCCAAGCUGGCGAUGCUUGCGGACACGAUCAAUAAUUGGGAAGAUGACACCUCUCAUCCGGACAUUCGGCAUCACCGAGAAACCAUUAACCCAUCCAAGAAAGAGAAGAGCCCAGUUAGGCAAAAAAGUCCUAUUUACGAGCGGAGUCCAAAACGCAAGGAAGACAGUCCUAAAAAGAGCACAACUCCGAAGAAGUACGCGGCACCCAAUCCGCCCAAGUCGAUCCUUAGUCCAGCGAAGGGAUCCACCAUAAUAGAUGGCGUGAAAGCAGGAACAAAAACCUUGAAGUGGGAUCAGAAAGUGAUGGACGCCCUGGAACUGCAAGGCUUCCAAAGACGGGAGUCCACCACCUCCAAAUUGGUAUACGAUUACAAAGAGCGUCCCAAGCACGAGAAGCAAGAAACCGAAUCGAACGAGAAAGCGUUGGUGCCCGUGACAAAGUCCAGAGCUCCCGAAGUUCCAGGGACAUCAAGAGAACGUCAAAUCACAACGAUACAACCGGCCAAACCACCCCCGAAGAAACCUGAAAUCAGCAAAGGAAUCGUCUCGGGGCGGGCAGCAAUGUUCGAAAGCUCCAAACCGCGCCAUUCGAUUCUCAGAAACCAGAAAGAUCCGGCUGAAAUGUCCCUCAAAGAAAGACUGGCCAUUUUUGAGAAAAAUAAAGGCCAAGCCCUGGUCCCAAAGGCAGCCUUUGGAAUUUCCCCUUCGAUUCGUCAGAUAACCGGCGACAAUUCAUACGCUCCCAAACCAUCGUCUUCCUGUUUGCCGAUCCAGGGUGCCGGUUUUGGCAUAGUCAGCAAGGACACGGUUGUCCAACAAAAGCAGAAAGUGGACAACUACAACAAGCCACAGGUUGCCGAAUCCAAUGCAACGGGUUCCGCCAUCAAGAGCACUCUGGCGGCGCUCAUGUCGAACAACAGCACCAUUUCGGAGUCGCAAAUCGCGGAGGAAACUCGUCGUCAGCGGCAGCAGGAAAUGGCAAUGCUGCUCAAUCGAUUCUCCAAACCCACGGAUAUGUCGUCGGAUGUCGCCGCCGAGGAGAAGCCGAUUCCGUGUGCUCCACCGAUGCCCCCGGAGGGUUACCUGACCAUGAGCGGAAAGAAGCCUUCGCAUCGCGAUUCGGCCGGUAACAAGAGGCGUAGCGGUGAAGAACACACCAGUCCGGAGGUUCGGUCCACGCUGGAUGAUGUCAAGAGGAUCCGGGUGGUUGCGCCGAAGGAUGGACGUUUGUAUCCGACGCUGAGUGAUCUGGAGAGCGCCACGACGACUGAGUCCGAGGAUGGCGAGGGUUACGUUACGGCUAGUCUGCUAGGGGAGGAAAACGAUCGGAGCCAUAGCCACUAUCAGGACUGUUACGACGGCGAGGAGGAGCAGGAGUACGAGGGCGACGAAGAACAUCCGGUGGAUGAAGACGAUGACAGUUACAUGUACUCCGACGAUGACCAAUCCGAUCCGGACACCAACAUGUGCGAUGUUAGCCUCGGUCGCGAAAUCAUGCAAGCCGUCAAGCUCCAGGAUCGUCGCGUUAGUCACGGCGGACGACGCCAAAGUCAGGAUAAGAGGAUCAAUCCGGACAACGGUAAUCGUCAAUCCGGAUACAGUCAGAACAGUUCGACGAGCGAAAUCUCCGGUGUGCUUGACGACAUGGACCAGUAUCUGGAGGAAGCUCUGGACGAGGACGAAGAGGGAGACUUCGACACACCAAGAAAAUCGUCGAUAUCUUCCAAUAGCUUCUCGUAUCAGAAGAAUCCACGACAGAAUCAAUGCCAGAGAAUCGACGAAGAAGAAAUGGAAGAGAAAAAAGAUGCUCAGAAGCCAUCGCCUACCCAGAAGCAACCACAAACUAUUAACGAAGAAUUUGGCAGCCCCGUUAAAUCCGAACUGAAGAUCAACCCUUCGGAUGACAACAAUAUGGUCACUCUGGUGCACACGGUAAGCUUCUACCGACGCCAACAGUGUUCCAACAAUCCUACGCCAGUGAAGAAAAUUCUUCGCACACCGGUACGGACCCGGCCGAACUUGGAUUCCACCACCGAAGACUCAGAAGAUGGAAACACCAGCGUCACUGCCACUGACAGUGAGAAGGAAUAUCUGGUGCAGGAAAAGGUUAAGAAGCUUCUGGACGAAGUCUGCAAACAGCAAACCAUCAUUUCGCAAACGAGCCAAGCGUUGAAUCUGUGUGCCGCCACGGUAGAGUUCUCCGGCUCCACGGAAUCCGUCGAAGGCGAACGUCAUCUGCUGGUAGCGACACAUCGUCGACAAGCGAUCUUGGAUGAAGUUCAACGUCUUCGAGUGGAAGGAUGUAUCAGACCGCCUGGUGCCCCGACGGAAAAGGGACGUCUAACUGUCAAGGAUAUAAUACUACCGUUGAAGCAGGACUAUAUUAGGAAACUGGCUUCCGACGCUAUCAGUGGGCACCAUUUGGUCUGUCUGCUCAAGUACAACGAAACCGUGCUGGCCACCCAGUCGGUACCAACUCUGCCUGGCCUGUUGUCCGUUCGAUUCCCCGACGUGCUGCAGUUGAGCAAUGUCUACGCUGAUUUUAAGAUUACAAUGGAAAUAUAUGGAAUGACUGCACAGAAAGAAGAGCUCCCGCAUGAGAUCAAAUACCACAUCGCACAGAACAAGAAGGGCUCCAACAAACUCCACACACCGAAAGGAGUGAAGAGCAACUCACGAUUGAUAAUGCCUCCGGUGCAAUCGCCCGCCGGGCCACAGGCGGUUCGCUCUCCCGCACUAGUCCAGUAUGGUUUCAUCAUAUUCUCCCUCAGAGAAAUCCAACGCACCAACUGGACGUUGAAUCCGGUUUCCGGCGUGAGUCCCCUGGAGGGUACCGUCCACAUGAAGGUGAACUGUGAACUGACGGUCACCGUCGACUAUCGAGGGUUCCUGACCAUGUUCGAGGAUGUGUCCGGAUUUGGCGCUUGGCAUCGGCGCUGGUGUCGUUUGUACGGCCAUGUCCUUAGCUACUGGAAGUAUCCGGAUGACGAGAAACGAAAGGCUCCCAUCGGAAGCAUCGAUUUGCAGCACUGCUGCACUCAGAAAGUCACUGUUGCACCACGAGAUGUGUGUGCUCGAUUGAACACACUGCUACUGGAGUUCCGAAGACCAGCCCAGCCCGAUGAUGUCGAUUCAUUGGUUAUGGUUAGGCAAGGAAACACCACGAUCCAUCGGCAUUUGCUGUCAGCCGAUUCGAAGGAAGAGCGCGAAGAAUGGGCUGCACAUUUGAACAAAACGUUAGCCCUCCUUAAAGCAUGGGGACAGUCAAACAGUAAAUCCACUAGUUGUUGAUAUCCACGUGUGGAUUGAGAGGUGAGUUAUGUACAGUCAUCGAAUAAGUAUUAACCUUACAGAACAAAUCAGUGUCAAAUGCCAUGCUCUGCCAUUGCAUUCGUUUAUAUAUAUUUCAAAGCGAUAAAAUAUUAUACUACUUUAUUGUUAAGUAUGCGUUUGAAGGAAACAUAUUUUGACCGAGUGUGAUUGGACCAAAAAAAGCGAUUCGAAAUUCUAAUUACGUAAACAUUCACGAACGUUAUAUAGCAUGUAGGAGCCUACUAUCCGAACAACUAACAUUGCAAGUAAUUUGUAUUUGUUUAUGAUUCAAUUAAAAAAACUGAAUAUAUGUAUUUUAUAUGAUACUCUUAA